CUCUCUCUCUCGCCGGCCGAUAUGGCCGUCUCCGUAGCAAACUGCAGCUUCUCCGUCCUCAAUGCCUCCGUUAAACUUCAAUCUUCAUCCGUCUCCUCACCGUGGUGUUUCGUAGCCGCAUCUCAGAAGAAGUCGUUGGCUCCCAGAGCUUCCAAUCUUAAGAGGAAAUCGUCGAGGUCUGAUUCAUCAUCUCCUAUAUUAAACCCAGAGAACCAGAAGAAUUACCCAGGUAGAGUUCGAGAUGAUAGUCCCAAUCCUCCUCAAAAAAUGGCUUUCAAGGCCUUUGGGUCACCUAAAAAGGAGAAAAAAGACUCUCUUUCUGAUUUUACUCGAGACCAACAGACUGAUCCUGGCAAGAUUCACGAUGCAUCUUUUCUCAACGCUGUUGUCAAGGUUUAUUGCACUCAUACUGCUCCUGAUUACUCCCUCCCAUGGCAGAAGCAAAGACAAUUUACUAGCACUGGAAGUGCUUUUAUGAUUGGAGAUGGCAAGCUCUUGACUAAUGCCCAUUGUGUCGAACAUGAUACUCAGGUUAAAGUUAAGAGAAGGGGAGAUGAUCGAAAGUAUGUGGCUAAGGUUUUAGUAAGGGGUGUGGACUGUGACAUAGCUUUGCUUUCCGUAGAAAGCGAGGAUUUCUGGAAAGGAGCUGAACCACUGCGGCUGGGCCAUUUACCCCGCCUUCAGGAUUCAGUAACUGUCGUGGGAUAUCCUCUUGGAGGAGAUACAAUCUCCGUUACAAAAGGGGUUGUAUCACGUAUAGAGGUAACAUCAUAUGCUCAUGGAUCAUCUGACUUGCUUGGAAUUCAAAUCGACGCUGCAAUAAAUCCAGGGAAUAGUGGUGGCCCUGCAUUCAACGACCAGGGGCAAUGUAUUGGAGUAGCAUUCCAGGUUUACAGAUCCGAAGAAACUGAAAAUAUUGGAUAUGUUAUUCCAACAACCGUUGUUUCUCACUUUUUGACUGAUUAUGAGAGGAACGGAAAGUACACUGGUUACCCUUGCCUUGGAGUAUUGCUGCAGAAAUUAGAAAAUCCAGCUCUGCGGGAGUGCCUCAAAGUUCCUACAAAUGAGGGGGUACUGGUGCGAAGAGUUGAACCUACAUCUGAUGCAAGUAAAGUCCUGAAAGAGGGAGAUGUGAUUGUAAGUUUUGAUGAUCUACAUGUGGGAUGUGAAGGAACUGUACCCUUCCGAUCCAGUGAACGCAUUGCAUUCCGUUAUCUCAUCAGUCAAAAAUUUGCAGGUGAUAUCGCUGAGCUUGGUAUCAUUAGAGCAGGAGAACAUAAGAAAGUUCAAGUAGUUCUAAGACCACGAGUGCACCUGGUACCGUAUCAUAUUGAUGGAGGUCAACCAUCAUACAUUAUUGUUGCUGGUUUGGUGUUUACCCCGCUCUCAGAACCCCUGAUAGAGGAGGAGUGUGAGGAUACCAUAGGCUUGAAAUUGUUAACAAAGGCACGCUACUCUGUGGCAAGAUUCAGAGGAGAACAAAUCGUCAUCCUAUCACAGGUCUUGGCAAAUGAAGUAAACAUCGGCUAUGAGGACAUGAAUAACCAGCAGGUCCUGAAGUUCAAUGGAAUUCCUAUAAGAAACAUCCAUCACUUGGCACAUCUCAUUGACAUGUGCAAAGAUAAGUAUCUCGUUUUUGAGUUUGAAGACAACUAUGUUGCUGUGUUGGAGAGAGAAGCUUCAAAUUCUGCUUCCUUGUGCAUCCUCAAAGAUUAUGGAAUUCCCUCGGAAAGAUCUGCUGAUCUGCUCGAGCCAUAUGUAGAUCCAAUAGUUGACACCCAAGCGCUUGACCAAGGUAUUGGAGACAGCCCUGUGUCAAAUCUGGAAAUCGGCUUUGAUGGACUGGUGUGGGCAUAGAUGCUCAAAAAAGGUGUCCGCAGGUGGAAGCCACUGAAAGCUCAUACAGCUUCCCCGAACAUAUGGGAAAGCUUUCAGCUUCAUCCUCAUUCCAUAAGGUCUUGAGCUGCUCCAAGUUUAGUGAAUUCUUUCUUCAAAACCUCUAGGGAUUGAGUUUAAUAGAAAGUUUGCCAUGAG